AUGAUUUGCAAUGCCAAGUUAAGCAAUUCUAGUCUAGCACCGGCAAAACUAAAGGAACACUUCCUUAACCUGCAUGGAGAUGGGGAAUACAAGAACACAACGCUUGCUGAAUUCAAGGUGAAGAGAGCCAGAUUUGAUGAAAAGGCUACUCUGCCUGCUCUUGGCUUUGUACCCAUCAACAAACCGAUCCUCACAGCAUCGUACGAAGUUGCUUACCUAAUCGCAAAGCAGGGCAAACCACACACCAUUGAUGACACCAUCAGCGACAGAAUAGAGAAUAUGAGCAAAGACAUCUUGGCUCAAGUUGUUGCAGCUCUGAUUUUAAACCCGGUAAAAUUCAGCCUCCAACUCGACGAGACCACGGACGUUUCUAAUCUAAGUCAGCUUGCUGUAUUUGUGCGCUAUGUGAAAGAUGACAUAAAGAAAGAUUUUUUAUUUUGUAAGCCUCUUACAACAAUAACUAAGGCAGCCGAUGUGAAGAAACUUGUGGAUGACUUCUUCAGAGACAACAAUCUUUCGUGGAAUAUGGUUUCUCCAGUUUGUACGGAUGGAGCUCCAGUCAUGUUGGGAAGAAAGUCUGGCUUUGGUGCGCUAGUGAAAUCCGAUGCACCACACAUCAUUGUUACGCAUUGUAUUCUGCACAGGCAUGCAUUGGCAACAAAAACCUUGCCUCCAGAAAUGACAGAAGUAUUAAAAAUUGUAGUGGAAUGUGUGAACUAUGUGCGAAAUAGUGCACUGAGGAACCGCAUCUUCAGUGAACUGUGUAAAGACAUGGGCUCUGAAUUCGAGGUACUUCUGUACCAUUCUAACGUUCGGUGGUUAUCCUGGGGACAGGUGCUGAAUCGUGUUUUUGCCUUGCGUGUGGAAUUAGCCCUGUUUUUGCAAGAGCACCAACAUCGUCAUGCAGAUUGCUUCAAAAAUUCUAAGUUCAUUCUCAUUUUAGCGUACAUGGCUGAUAUAUUCGCAGCUCUCAAUAAUCUCAAUCAGCAGAUGCAGGGUGGUGGAGUCAACAUCAUUGAAGCGGAAGAAAACCUGAAGGCUUUUCAAAAAAAGCUACCGUUAUGGAAACAACGAACAGAGAACAAUAACUUUGCAAAUUUUCCCCUGCUGGACGACUGUGUAAGUAAGAUCGAAGAUGUGUCUGGAAUCGAAGACAUUUCUGUAACCGUGGAACUGAAGCAAGCAAUUGCCACGCACUUAGAUGAGCUUGCAAAGUCUCUCAAUGGAUACUUCCCUACAAGAGAGUCAUAUCCAGCAUGGGUGAGACAGCCGUUCACGUUUGGUGUUGAGACAGCAGAUGUCAAUGAUGAAUACCUCGACAAAAUCAUUGAAAUUCAGCAGAGCCAGGUUCAACAGCAACUCUUCAGAACAACAACGCUCUCAACGUUUUGA